AUGGGACCGUUUAGCUUUGCAAAGAAGAACGCUGGUGCUAAAACGAAAAAUAGUCGGCAGCCGAAAAAGAAAAACAGCAGGGCAUCAUCGGAACACACGACGAGCACAGCAUAUGAAAAGGAUUCGAAGAAGAAAUCAGCGGAACAUCGUCGUCAUCGAAGAGACAAUGAUGGUGGAAGUAAGGAGCAACCAUCUACAGCAGUGUCUUCAAAAACGCACAAGAAGAAGGCAAAAAGCAAGAAUCAGAAAAAGAAAAAGUUAGACGCAGAUGCUGCCGAUAUGGAGCUACAGAAACAGUUAAGAGCCCUGAAUGUAGCAACACCUCCAGAAGCGAUCCUUCACACGCCUCCUGGUCCUCACAACCAUCAUUCAGUUCCACCAGCUCACGGGAAAAAAUCCCGAGAGGAGGAACCAAAGAGUCACAAACCCCCAAAGGAUGAUACUACAUCGAUGAAAGGAAGAGGAUCCAAAAUGCAUUCAGUCAGAUCUCCGGCUCCAGUUGUUGACUCAUCGCUCAAGAUUCAUUCAACAGUUACUCCCAAUUCCACCUUAUCAACAACUGAUAAAUGGGUUGGAGAAGAUGUUGCAAAGUCUUGGCUCGAUAAAGUUGAUUUUGGGAAGACGAAGGCGGAAUUCGAACGACUUCAAAUGAUGACAGUGAACGUGGAGACAGAAUGUAAGCGAUGGAAAUCGAAUGGAGGGUUGAAUCAAUCAACAGAUGAUUAUCCAGCUCUUGAUUCGAAUUUGAUCACUUUUGAGAAUAUCUACGUCAACAUGAGUCUGAUACAAGUACCACUUCAACAGAAUAUUUAUUCUGGACAGAUUCCAGUCAAAGGGAAUGAAGAGGCAUUUUGGAAAGUGAUUUUUGAUAAAAGAGUGACUUUUAUUGAAAUUAUCACUGAUCAAGAAUCCAUCGAAUUCUUUCCGAAUCGAUGUGGAUCUCAUGUGUAUCAUGGAACGAUGUUUGUCAAUAAUCGAAGAGUGGAGACGGCCAGUGAAGAUGUUCAUCGAUUUCUGAUUGAAGUUUUGCCUGAAGGAUGUUCGAAUUCUAUCAUUUGUAAUAUCUCGGUGAUCAAGAAUUGGAAUUUCGAAAGUGUCUAUUCGAAGCAGGCAGUUGUGAUUAAAGAGACCAUUGAGUUGAUGAACUUCUUGACAACGGCAAAAGACGAAUCAGCAAUGGUAGUGUCAAAGCAUGGAGCAGGUCGAGCCGGAUACUUCAUUGCGUUAUCUGUAGCUGUUUUCCAAUUGAACAAAGCCGAAGAGCCAUCACUUUAUGAAAUCGUCAAAGCUCUCCGUGCACAACGUCCAAAGUCUGUGGAGUCAUUGACACAGUACGCAUCAUUAUACACAUCACUCUUCUAUUACAUUAAGCCCACACAUAUCGUCAACUUUGAGCCCAUAUGUCUCAUUUCCUGUAUUAGAUCCACAUAA